AUGGGUCGGGUUUACGUGGAGUACGUGGAGGGGCGCGCGUACACGUGCCGAUGCUGCGGCUGCCACCUCGCCAACGUAGAGGAGAUCGUGUCUAAGCACUUCCACUCCAAGAACGGCAAGGCCUACCUCUUCAACAGCGUCGUCAACGUGAGCGCGGGCCCGCUGGAGACCCGGAUGAUGACGACCGGCCUGCACCUCGUGCGGGACAUCUUCUGCAUUGGCUGCUGCCACCCCGUGGGCUGGAAAUACGAGGAGGCCACUGACACGGCGCAGAAGUACAAGGAGGGGAAGUUCAUCCUGGAGCGUUCCAAGCUGGACGUUGAGGACAGCGUGCCAGAUGGGGGUUGGGAAGUCCUGCAGUCGAUGAGCUUGCUGAUGGACAGUGACUCGGAGGCGGUUGGGGGCUGCCCCUGA